AAAUGCUGAGGCCCCCAGCUCCCGACCUUUACUAGUUUACUCUUUUCAACCUUUUAAUACUAAUUUAUUCUUCAUCAUCAAUAGAUAAAGCACAAUUAAAUAAAACCCAUUCUACUAAAUCCAUGUCCCAUUUCUUCAGCAGUUUGACAGAUCAUUAGGGUUCUUUUUUUCUAUUUUUCAUUUUUCCUUCUGAGCAACAUUUCAUGCCUCAGCCCAUGGGAAUGUUCUGCAAAUUUUAAAGCAAUUUCCUUUUGUUAUCUGCCUUGGGAAUCCAACCAUUUUGUUUUAAAGAUCCAAUCUUUCAGAUAAUAGACUGUUCGUCCUCUGCAUAUUAUUGGAGAAGGAUUGAGAAAGAAGGGUAGAGGAGGGAUGAAGGAUUUGUUUGGGAGCCCAGGAAAGGUGAGUGGGCUGGUGUUGAGGAUGGGACAGUGUUUUUUUGCUGCUGCUUCUCUUGGGGUUAUGGCCUCUGCUUCUGGUUUUUCAACUGCAACUGCCUUCUGCUACUUGAUAGCAUCUAUGGGGCUUCAGCUUUUGUGGAGUUUUGGACUUGCCUGCUUUGAUGUUCAUGCCUUGAGGUUAAAGAGAGACUUGCAUAAUCACAUAUUCGUCAGCUUGUUUGUUGUUGGCGAUUGGGUCACUGCAACUCUGUCACUUGCAGCUUCAUGCUCAUCAGCAGGCGUAAUUGUUCUUCUUAUCAAAGACACAACUAUUUGCAGAACCGAGACCAAACUAUCCUGUGAUAUGUUUCAGAUAUCUGUAGGAUUGGCUUUUGUUUCAUGGUUUCUCCUUGCAAUAUCCUCCUACGUCAUGUUUUUGCUUGCUGCUUCAGCUUGACUCCUUUGUCACUCUUUGCCACAGCCACAUGCCAGCGCAAUUUUUCCGCUUGUAAAUAUAAUUUUGACACAGCUUAUAGAAAAUAGCUCAAAUCUUUUUCUCUGUCAAUGGCUUGCUUCUUGAUUCUUGUUUGGAGCUUGAUGGUCCUUCGCUUUGGAAUCUGGGUCCCUCCAUUUCUCCAUCGAGUGGGUGGAAACAGGGGGUUUGACUUGAUGAGCUAGUAAUAUGAUCAAGUUGAUCGGGUUCUUUCCCACAGCAGCGCUGUUUCUCCCCGAAUUUUAAGUGGAUUCAGCAUGUACUUGUUUUUGCAGUUCACACAGAGGCAAUGCAUAUUUGUAGACGAUAAUGCUUCUUCGUUAGUUUAGUACAUGUAUGAAGGGCCGUGCCGGACCCAGAAUUGUUAAAUAGCUGUAAAUCUUUGAAUCCUGGCAACGAGGACCAAAUUCCUGUUUCCUGAA